AUGGGCUCUGUGGGCGAUGCGUCGGAGGUGAAAGAGCCUCCGCGCUACUCAGGUAGAGGCACAGUCCGGGAUCCGUACAUUGUCGUCUGGGACAUGCAUGAUGCCGAGAAUCCUUACGAGUGGCGCACGCUCCGCAAGGCCGUCAUCACCGCUGUGCUUGCUUUCGGCACCUGGUCAGUCUCUUUUGCAUCAAGUGCAUACACUGGCGGCAUAGAGCCUAUGCGCGAUGCACUCGGUGCUUCUGAGACAGUCGCACUUCUCGGCGUCUCGCUCUACGUUCUCGGCUUUGGGACAGGACCCUUGGUUUGGGCAAGCAUGAGUGAGGCCUUCGGACGGCGAAGGGUCUUCCUGGCUACGGCCUUCGUCCAUGUCUUCAUGCACAUCGGGGGCGCUUUGGGAAAGAACAUGACCGCCGUGCUCGUCACCCGUUUCCUGGCAGGAGCGUUUGGCGCCUCACCGUUGACCAAUGCAGGAGGAUCGAUUGCGGACAUGUUCACCCCAAAAGAGCGAGGAGUUGCGUCAACGAUAUACUCGACGGCACCAUACCUGGGACCUGUCAUCGGCCCGAUUGUGGGAGGCUACAUCAGCGAGACGAAUGUAGGCGCAAUACCGGGCUGGCGCUUCACGUUCUGGUUGAUGUUCAUCAUCGCCGCAUUGAACUGGGUUCUCUUCUACCUCCUUGUUCCCGAAACGUAUGCACCUACAUUGCUACAACGACGAGCUCGCAAGUUGCAGAAAGCGUCGGAAGGAAAAGAGCACUAUGUGAGCGUGUAUGAUAGAACACGGAAUCGCUCCUUGAAGCACGUUCUUCAAGUCAACCUCACUCGGCCAUUUCGAUUCCUUGCUACAGAGCCCAUUGUCAUCUUCACAGCGGUCUUCAUGUCGCUCACCUACGCAACACUGUAUGCCCAAUUCGCCGCAUAUCCGAUCGUGUUCAGUCAGCAUCGAGGAUUCGGUCCAGGGACGACUGGGCUUGCCUUUCUCGGGAUUGGAGUUGGCGUUCUGAUCGGAGUAGGAGCUUCACCGAUCCAAAAUGCAAUGUACCGGCGCGCGAUGAAGAAGAGCGUGUCAGGGCAUGCACCACCCGAGGCGAGAUUGUAUGCAUCUAUGGUAGGCGGCGUAUUCUUUGCAGUCGGACAAUUCUGGUUUGCAUGGACCGCAGACCCUCCCGUGCACUGGAUCGUGCCGAUCCUGGGCAGCGUACCAGUCGGAAUCGGGCUGGCGCUUAUCCUCCAAAGCCUGACGCAGUACAUGAUGGACGCAUAUGCACUCUACUUCGCCAGCGCACUAGCUAGCGCGGUCGUCCUUCGCUCGCUGUUGGCCUGUGCAUUCCCGCUCAUAGCUCCGCCAAUGUUCAAUCGGCUCGGGGAUGCAUGGGCUGUCAGCGUGUUCGCAUUUUUGGCGGCCGCUUGCGCUCCAGUACCCUUCGUGUUCUUCAUGCACGGCAGGAGAUUGCGAGAGAAGAGCAAGUUCGCCUGGAAGGACUUGGAAGAUGUCAGAUCGGAGUCAACCGUUGUGGCCGACAAGAUGUGA